GCGGGGCGGCAGCUCGGCGGAGCUGCUCCGGCCACCUGCCCGCCCUCGGCCCGGGCUCGUUCCGCCCUCGGCUGGGAGAGGCGCGGACCCCAGAGCCGACAUGAACAAAGUGAGCAGCCCUACGUAACACACUGAUGGCAUUCUGUGCUGCAUCGGGAUCAGAAAGUCAAGAAGGUGUGAUGCCUAGGAACCUCGUGGAUUCUCCUGAAAUGGCAUCUGAAAUCUCUCCAGAACACACUCAUGGGAGCGUGGAAAGGGCUGGCAGCGUGGAGAAUCAUGGCAGCCAAGCUAGAUGCAGAAACCAUGCUUUGGAUGAUGAAAGUUUGAAAUAUUUAACUCAUGAAGAACAGGAUGUUCUCAUGUUCUUUGAAGAAACCAUAGAUGCCUUAGAAGAUGACUUGGAGGAGAUGGCCCUACGUGACAGUGGGAUCCACUGCCAGUCCCCAAGGUCAACAGAAGAAAAUUUAUCCAGUCAUUCAGAGGCUGAAGAUAUCAUUGACUUAGUGCAGUCAACACCUGAGAGCAGUGACCACGAAGGCUCUUCCAGCAAAGAUACAGAACCAGGUAUGUUGGAUGCCACUCGGCGAGCUGAGAGCCCUCAGCCAGCUGUACCUGCUGAGCUUCCCCCACACCCCCCUGCACCACCACCAGCCGUGUCUGAGACACUUCCUCUUCCUCCUCCACCCCCUCCUGCAGUGCAGCAUCCGAGGUUGCUCCGUUCCGUCCCCACUCCUCUCAUCAUGGCCCAGAAGAUCUGCGAGCAGCAGGUGGAGAGCCGGGCGCGCUUCCCCAAGGAAGGGAACCCCGACAGGAGGAAAGCCCUGCUAGCCAACGGUGAUCAUUGCACAGCACCCAAGCCCCCUCCUGCCCCCGCCCCCAAACUGCACCGCUUCCCAAGCAACAUCAACAUAACCAAUGUCAGUGGCAAGGAAUUCAGCGAGACCAUUUCCAAGGCAGCGGUUAACGUGCAGGAGCGGCGGGCUCAGGUGCUGGCCAACAUCAAUGGGGGAGCUCUUCUGGCAGCUGAACUGGAGGAGAAGCUGCACAAAAACGAUUUCUUGUCACGUAACAGAAGUUCUUCCUUACGGGAUCUCUCCUCUGAGCAAACACGCUAUGAGGCCCUGACAAAACUCGGCCUAGUUAAGGGAAAGCCGGCUCAGGACCAAGUGGACCAUGCCCCAAGCACUCAGCAGCUUGAUGUGCAGCCCAAGCAGCCAAAGGCUGUUACCAAUGGAUAUCAAAACAUCCAUGAAGUUUUAAAAAGUGAGCCCAGCCCUUUCCUUCCUAUGGGCAAAACUGUAACAAUCAAACCAGAGGUGGCUCUUGCCACUAACAAAGUCAGCAGCGCACAGCAGAGCACAGAAAAAAGUUGUAAUGAUUAUAAACAAGCUGGUGUAAGCCUGGACAUGAGGAGGAGGUCGGGUUCGCUGCCUAGACCUUCAGGAUUUCGAUCCCAAGGGAUAACGGUGAAGUUUUCCGGCCGUGGCUCGACUGAAGAAGCCAGGAGAGAGGCACUGCGGAAACUGGGACUGCUGAAAGAGACUGCAUAACUGGAUGGGAAUGUCGUGGCAGUGGGGGGAAAGUCAUAGCAUGGCUUUGUGCUAGAACAGUCCCAACAGGAGUGGGAUCAAGGAUUGGAAGAAAGAAGGGAAAGUUCCCUGCUUUAGGCAAGCCAGGAAGGUAUUAGACACUGUGGAACGGUCGCUUGUGUUUAUCCCAGAAGGACUGGCACCACGUAGGGGUUUGGUUCUCCUUCUACAGAGAUACUCAUCUGUUGCUCUUUGUGACUAGGAGGAAUUUUAUUUAAUUAAUGCUGGACUGUAGCAGGCAGCAUCUCGUUAAUGAAGUGUACAGUGCAGUAUUGUUGUACAUAGCAAACUGAACAGCAAAUCUUGCUUUUGCUCUUUCUGAAGCCAAAACAAAGAGCUCCAUCUGUCCUGCCCACAUGUCUGUGUGUCUGUCCAUGGGAGCUCGAGAUAAUGUCACAGCUGAAAUUUCUGACUCUGUGACAACCUUCUGUGACUUUUUGUUGUCUGUGUUACCUGGCUUGGCUUCUUUCCCUGCCAGCAGUGGAGUCUUCUGCUCUCUCACUCUGCCCUGGACUCAGAACUGUGCACAGGGUGGCUUCUGCUUCGACUUUCUCCUGGACAGAGCAGCCCAAGCUUAGAACGGGUGACUGCCUCACUCUGCUUCUGCACCUGUAGUCUCCCCUCCCUUCCCAGCCACCUGCUUCUCUGUCACACCUGAGCGACCCAAGUGUCCAGAGAAAAGCACCGGGAAAGCCUCAAGGAAAUGCACCGAGCACCGGCUUUCACACUGACAGCCAAAGAGUCUCCUGACAAUCUGUGACCCCAGCUGCUCUGUCCCAGGGAGGAUGUCACAGCAGAGCAGCCACAGGAACAAGUUAACUUUGUACCAAAAGAGAGACCCGUAUGUCAGAAGUCUUCUCUUUUACUUUGGGGUUCCUGGGAAGGAUCUGCUACUUUUU